AUAGCGUGAACUCGACCCGCACCGUUCGCCGAGCAGCACGAUCGUGACUCACGGCUUGUUCUUCUUCUUCUCUCCCUUCUCCUUCUCCUUCCCCAACCUCUCCCUCCAACACACGAUCACCACCACCACCAUUAGACACGUACCAGGGUACCGCCAAACUCAAUCAUAUCACCCUCCCGCGGAAUGCUGCUCUGAGACAUCAUCUUCAUCAUCAUCAUCAUAAUAUAUUUAUUGCCAACCCCCCAACUCCAGUCUGGACUAGACAGACCGUCUACCACCGACCAUGUCCUCCAACCCCACCGACCAGCUCCAGACGAGCCAAACCCUCGCCACCUCGCUCGUGGCCCGCUGUCGGUCUCUCCUCGCCGACCUCGGCGCCUUCCAAGCCCUGCUCGCCCAGACCCAACGCAACCCGCAGAUCGUCGAGGUGCGCUCCCUCCGCUCCAACGCCCUGUCCGAACUGCGCACAUUGGAGAGACUCGAUGCGCAGGUGCGCGCGGUCAACGACAAUGACAACGACAAUGAGGAUUCCCUGAGGCUGCUGCAUGCGCUGCGCUCGUCCAAUCUGCCGUUUUACGAGGCCGUCUGGGCCAUUGCGAGGAAUUCGUGCCGGGGGCUGGUCAUGUUCGGGAAGAGGUUUUAUUGGGGGGGAGGUGGGGGGGAGGACGGGGCCGAGGGGAAGAGGUCCGCGAGGGAUAAACGGAAGAGUGUCUUUGUGGAUAUCGUUGCUGCCGAUGGGGAGGAGUGGGUGAAGGUGUCGACGGUCUCGCAGACUAGGCUGUUGUUCGAGAUGGCGAAGAAGGGGUGGGAGGGGGAUGAUUCGGACUCCGAUGGGGAAGGGGAGGCUAGGACGGUGCUACGGAAUUUUGACGGCGAUGAGGAUGAGGAUGACGACGACGAUGAUCAGAUUGAGCUGAUCAAGUUGGCCGGUGAUCUCAGGAAGGCUGCGGAUGCUACGAGAGUCAGGUACAGGCAUCCCCGACUGCGGUUUAUGAUCCCGAAGAUCGAGGAGGGAACGAGCGUGGAGAUCGAUGGUCUUUUGAAGAUUAUCAGAGGCUAUGGGAUUACAGUGGUUUGCGGCGAGAACGCGUAUGGGGGGACGGAUGCACAGAGAGACCUGUCCCAUCUGCUGCCGCAGCCCUUCAAGCGGUUCACUCCCACGCUCAAUGUGGAUUGCACACUGCUGCUGGCCGUGGUUUCCGACCUGUCCCAUCGCAAGGAUAUCACCCAGUCUCCGAUUCAUCACCGCGCCAUCAAUCGACAGAUCGAGGUGGAGCACGACCGGCCCUUGCUGCCCACGGAGCUCUGGCCGGCCAUGGUGGGCCAUGAGCUGGUGUGUACCGAGGAGGCUGCGCGACGGAUGAAGGAGAUUGUGACCAUUAUCGGCACCGAGACCGAAAACCUGCGCAUGAAGAUCCUGAUGGGCGACGCGCCGUUCGCUGAAUGCAGUACGGAAGACCUCCUUCGCAAGUACCAGGAACUGUCGGAUUAUGAAAUGCCGAGCCAGUGGAAACUCCCCGUCAAGGCCGUGGAAGCGCAUUCGGUCAUUGCGUCGGCGAGAGACAAUGGAAAGCUUCCCCCGCUCUGUCGCAAGGUGGAGGACAUAUUGUCAGACAUCAACUAUAGCGUGUUUCUGUACGGGUGGGCUGCGGAGGUGGCGACGAUAUCAAGCAAUCGAACGGUCGUGAAGGAAAUCGAGGCCAUGGUGGAGAAGCACAGGGACGGGGACGAAGACUUAGAGGGACCUCUGAUUUGGGUGUGCGAUACUGCCAGGAGUUUGAUAGGCAAAGAAAAGGGCCGCAAAAGCUAG